GUAUUAGACAAUCAUUAACAAGCAGGACGCUGACAGCCAGGCUUUGCAGCCAGGGGUGGUGGCCUGUCUGGCUCCGCACUCACGGGUUUGGACAGUUACAUAGUUAACACUCAAACCCUGGGGUUUCCCGCAGCCCCCGGGCGGGGCUCACGUGACUGGCCUCCCGGAAGCGGACCCCAGGAGAUCCAGGCAGUUGGUUAAUCCAGGAACAGUUCCUGGGCGGGGCGUGGACUGAGCAGUCACUGAGUAUUACGCAAAUUGCGCGAGCGUACGGGAAAAGCGAUUGGUCGGUCAGGAGAGAAAGGUGUGUCCUGGCGGGCCCGCAGCUCCUCCGAUUGGCCGACAGGCUGAUGGGAACGUUUACAGUCAGCGUGUGUCAGCGACGUGCAACCCGGAAGGGAAGAAGGGGCGUGUCAGGCUGCGCAGGGGGCCAGUCCAUUGGCUGGAAGAGACCGGAGCCGGGCUGCGGGCCCGACCAGAGGUGGGCGGUGCUGCAGGGCUGGUCCGGGAGGUGACGACCGGCUUCGGAGAGUCUAUCAUGGCAGCUCGGACUGGUCACACGUCCUUGAGAAGAGUAGUCUCGGGAUGCCGUCCGAAGUCGGCGACAGCGGCCGGGGCGCAGGCGCCCGUGCGGAAUGGCAGAUAUUUAGCUUCCUGUGGUAUACUGAUGAGCAGAACUCUUCCACUACAUACCUCAAUUUUGCCUAAGGAGAUAUGUGCACGAACUUUCUUCAAAAUCACUGCACCAUUAAUAAACAAAAGGAAAGAGUAUUCAGAGAGAAGAAUUUUAGGAUAUUCAAUGCAGGAAAUGUAUGAUGUAGUAUCGGGAGUGGAGGAUUACAAGCAUUUUGUUCCUUGGUGCAAAAAAUCAGAUGUUAUAUCAAAGAGAUCUGGAUAUUGUAAAACAAGAUUAGAAAUUGGAUUUCCACCUGUGUUGGAGCGAUAUACAUCAGUAGUAACCUUGGUGAAACCUCAUUUAGUAAAGGCAUCUUGUACUGAUGGGAGACUUUUCAAUCAUUUGGAGACUAUUUGGCGUUUUAGCCCAGGUCUUCCUGGCUACCCAAGAACUUGUACCUUGGAUUUUUCAAUUUCUUUUGAAUUUCGAUCACUUCUACAUUCUCAGCUUGCCACAUUGUUUUUUGAUGAAGUUGUGAAGCAGAUGGUAGCUGCCUUUGAAAGAAGAGCAUGUAAGCUGUAUGGUCCAGAAACAAAUAUACCUCGGGAGUUAAUGCUUCAUGAAGUCCAUCACACAUAAAGGCAAAAAAGAACUGGUGCCACCUGCUUCUGACUUUAGUUUGUUCACUUUUAGGAAGUAUUUUCAUGACAUGUUUUCAGAAGCCAGAAAGCAUUUGUUAAACGCAGCUUUGGUUAUAAACCUGCACCACUGAAAAUUUGCACAUAGAAUAUAGACUCACUUGUACAUAGAAUUAUUUCUUCAAUCAAGUAUAAUUCAAAAUAAUAUGGACAUUAUCAUGUUCUGCAUUACAAUAAUGGGAUGUCAUCACCAUUGCUAGAAUACUGGCAUGAUUCUUCUGAGCAGAAGUUGAAACUGUAAAUUUAAACCUUUUAAUUAUCACCUUACCUGAAAGAGGUUAGUUAAGAUAUUCACACAGUAUGUAUUAUAUUAACCAUAUCACACUUAAGUUAUUAAAUUCAGACUAUUUGUAACUUAUUGUUAUAGGGCCUGCCAUAUGGCUUAGGAUAUUUGAGUAAUCAUAUAUUUAAAGUAAAAUCUUUGGGCUGGGCUCAGUGGCUCACACCUGUAAUCCCAGCACUUUGGGAAGCUGAGGUGGGCAGAUCAGUUGAGGUCAGGAGUUCGAGACCAGCCUGGUCAACAUGGCGAAACUCCAUCUCUACUAAAAAUACAAAAAUUAGCUGGGCGUGGUGGCACACACCUGUAAUCCCAGUUACUUGGGAGGCUGAGGCACAAGAAUCGCUUGAACCCGGGAGGCGGAGGUUGCAGUGAGCCAAGAUCGCCCUGCUGCACUCCAGCCUGGGCAACAGAGGGAGACUCUGUCUACAAAAACAAAAACAAAAACUGUUAGUGAAGGUUCCCUGGAACUUUUGAUAUUUUAAAAAUUGUUCUUAUGACUAGUAGAUAAAUUCAGUGCCAUAAUGAGGCUAGCUCCCAGAUAAACAAUGUAUUUUCUUCUUUUUUUUUUUGGUGAGUGGUCCAGAGCUUUAAGCUACUUUUCCAGUAUUUUGCCACUUUCUCUGAGGUAGUUUGGCUGCUCUUUGAAUAAUGCUAAUUGUGUGUCAAAUUUUGUCUACAACAGUAGGCAACAGAUGAAGAUAAGUUGGUUGAAUGUCUCCAGCACUAUGCAUCCCUAUUUUCUAUUUAUUGUGUAUACUCACUUUCAGUAAUGUGUUUCAAACUGGUAUUUUUUAAAAAACAAAUCAAUGUAAGGACUGAAGUUGAAGUAGCAACGUAAUAAAGUUUAAUUUGUUUA